ACUUUUACUAUUUUAUUUAUGAUUCAUUCAAAUAUUUCAACCAUAUGAAUAAAUGAAUGAAUGACACCAACAAGAACGUAAUGUCUUCAUUCAUCUCUAUCUUUCCAGGUUUUAGUCAAACUCCAGCGUCGUAAAUUCGCGGCCACUUUCCCCUUUUUACACCUUCUCGCCAUUCCCAAUCCCAAUCUUCUUCUCCAUUCUCAGCACUCUCUGUAAAUAGGCGUUAGGUUUUCAUUUCCUCUGUUCUGUUUCAUUUUUUUUCUUGGUCAUUGUCGAGGACAGCAAUAAUGGGAGCGGUUUGUUCGGCUGGCAUGGUGGAGAGAAAUGCUGAACUUGGAGGGAAGAGUUUCGGGUUUUCUGGUAACCUUAAGAAGGAAAAUAGCUUUGUGAAUCGUGGAGAUGCUACUUCAGAUUCCAGGUCUGAUAGUGGUCAAGGUAGAAAGCAAAAGAGGCACGACUCUGGGUUUUCCUUUGAACUUGGGUUAUCGACUCCUACGUCAACUGGAGGAAAGCAGGUGAGCCAAAGGGGUUCUUUCCUGGGAAAAGCUGGCGAGAGGGCUGUGGGAGUUUUGGACACAAUUGGAAGUGGCAUGCCAAAGUUAAAUACUAAUAGUGGGUUUGUCUCUGGCGUGACUUCCAGAGGGAAAAAAAUAUCAAUACUAGCAUUUGAAGUAGCUAAUACAAUAACCAAAGGAGCAAUUUUGUUUCAAUCACUUUCUGAAGAAAAUAUCCAGAUUCUUAAAAAGGAUGUUUUACAAUCGGAGGGGGUUCAACUCUUAGUCUCGACUGACAUGAAGGAGUUAAUAACUCUUGCUGAGGCUGACAAAAGGGGAGAACUCAAUGUCUUCUCACGGGAAGUAGCUAGAUUUGGAAAUAUGUGUAAAGAUCCGCAGUGGCACAACCUACACAGAUAUUUUUCACGACUAGACUUAGAAGUUCUGGAUGACAAACAAUAUCAGGCAGAGGCAGAAAAGACAAUGCAGGAGUUUACCACUCUAGUUCGGAAUACCGCUGAAUUAUACCAUGAAUUGAAUGCUUAUGAGCGUUUUGAACAAGAUUAUCUGCAAAAGAUUAAGGAAAUGGAGUCCUUAAAUCUUCCUCUAAAAGGGGAGAGUAUCACAAUGUUUCAAAGUGAGCUAAAGCACCAAAGAAAGCUUGUGAGGAGCUUGAAGAAGAAGUCUCUUUGGUCCAGAACUUUGGAAGAGAUAGUUGAGAAGCUCGUUGAUAUUGUUACCUAUAUAAAUCAAGCAAUUUAUGAGCUCCUGGGAAACCAUGGUACAAUCACAACCAAUCACUGUAAGGGUCAUGAAAGACUAGGAGAAGCUGGUCUUGCGCUGCACUAUGCUAACAUCAUCAAUCAAAUAAAUAUGAUUGCAUCUCGUCCGACAGCACUUCCUCCAAACAUGAGAGACACAUUGUAUCAUGGUUUGCCCAACAAUAUUAAGACUGCUCUUCCAUCCCAGUUGCAAACAGUUGCUGACAUGAAAGAGCUCUCCAUCACUCAGAUGAAAGCAGAAACGGAGAAGAUUCUUCAGUGGCUUGUGCCGGCUGCCACAAAUACUGUCAAAGCACAUCAAGGUUUCGGAUGGGUUGGUGAAUGGGCAAACACAAGUAAUGACUUCGAUGAUAACACCUCCAGAGAAAGUAACCUGAUUCGUCUGCAGACGCUUUAUUAUGCCGACAAGAGGAAGAUAGAUGUUUACAUAAUUGAAUUGUUGGCAUGGCUUCACCACUUGAUUAGCUUUGUAAAAUCUAAACAAAACACCUUGAGAUCCAUGCCUACGCGGUCUCCUCCCAAGGUACUUGAACUUCAUUCCAAGAUGCGACAAUUUUUAAUUCUUUCCGUGGACAGUGGAAACAAGCCAUUAGGAACUCAAAUUUCUCAAGAGGAUAGGAAAUUAUUGGAGGAGGUUAUUGCUAGGAGAAACAACUCAGGACUCAGCAAAAGCGAGGAUCUUGGUUUGGCCAAGAAAAGACAAGUGAAGGAUUUACAUGGGACCAAAAGUGCUGGGAGUUCACCUGCCAAGGAAAUCUUCGGUACAAGAGUUGUCAUAAACCACCAAAACUAUAACGUUUUGGAUAUUAUGGAUGGGUUGAGUCACUGAUCACUCUAUUUUUCUGCUGAAAUUCUUGCUUAUAGAUAAUACUCAUCAUUCAUUUUUAUAUAGUUCUAGUUAUGUACAUAUCUAUAUAAACAACUAACACCAGAUCUUUAUUUUUUACUCAUUAAUUUUGUACAGCGGGUGAGGGAAGUAGUUGAGUUCCUUCUACUGUUCAAUUUAUUAUUUUUGUGCGAA